CCUCCCCGCCUCUCCUCCGCUUCUGCUUCCACUUCCGGCCCGCGCGGCGCCGCCAAACCGCAUCCGACAGGUGAAGCCCUUAAAGGGGCCGCGGCCCUUCUCGCCUCUCCCCCCGGCGCCCCGGGCGGCGGUGUGGGAGCGGCGGGGCUGCGUGCGGCUCUCGUCGUUGUGGGGCCCGGCCGCGCUCGACGGCUCCCGCCGCCCGGGACGGCCGCCCCCGCCGGUCAGAGUGGCCCGGGCUGCCCGGACGCUGCCCUCUGUCGGCCGCAGACACCGCCCGGCCGGGACCGGGCGCUGCUGGGGAGAGCGGGAGGCGCGGCCGGGCUCCCGGCGCCGGCCCGCCCGGACCCGACGCCUGCCUGCGGGGCCAUGAGGCGGCCGCGCAGCGAGGCGCGGGCCCGCGGGGCUGCAGCAUGAGCCCCUGCUUGGGGCUCCGCAAGGCCUGCUUCCUGCUGUCCGUUACCGCUGCCGCCCUCGUCCUGCUCCUGCUGCCGCGGGGGCAGCCCCCCGCCGCGCCCCGCCGCCGCCCGGCGCCCGCAGCCGGGCCGAGCAGGCCCCCUCCGCAGCGGCCGGUGCCCGGGAGCAGCGCUGUGUCCGGUACGCGGACGAGCUCCCGCGGGGAGCCGGGGGCCGGGGCCGGAGGCCUCGCCAGCAGCUCGCAGCUCGUGCGGAAGAGCCGCCCUGGGACCGCGGGGGGCUCGGGCAGAGAAAGCCUGGAGCUGAAGGACAUCUUCAUUGCGGUGAAGACCACGAGGAAGUACCACAGGAGUCGGCUGGACCUGCUGCUUCAGACCUGGAUCUCCCAGGCCAGGGGACAGACAUUUAUAUUCACGGACUGGGAGGAUCGGGAGCUACGUCUGAAGGCAGGGGAUCAUAUGAUCAACACCAACUGUUCUGCUGUCCAUACCCGGCAAGCUCUCUGCUGCAAGAUGUCUGUGGAAUAUGAUAAGUUCCUGGAAUCUGGGCAAAAAUGGUUUUGCCAUGUAGAUGAUGACAACUACGUGAACCCUCGGACUCUCCUGCAUCUCUUAUCUGCCUUCUCACACAGCCAGGAUGUCUACGUGGGGCGACCAAGCCUGGACCAUCCAAUUGAAGCAGCUGAUCAUGUCCAAAGUGAUGGAUCAAAGACAACCGUGAAAUUCUGGUUUGCCACAGGUGGAGCAGGAUUCUGUAUCAGCAGAGGUCUUGCCCUGAAGAUGAGUCCCUGGGCCAGCUUGGGUAAUUUCAUCAGUACUGCAGAGAGGGUGCGUCUUCCUGACGACUGCACUAUUGGCUACAUCAUUGAAGGGCUGCUGGAGGUAAAGCUGCUGCAUAGCCCAUUGUUCCAUUCCCAUCUGGAAAAUCUGCAAAGACUGCAAGGUGAAUCUGUGCUGCAACAGGUAACCCUAAGUUAUGGAGACCCUGAGAACAAACACAAUGUUGUGAGUGUGGGAGGAGUGUUUGGCCUUCAGCAAGAUCCAACACGAUUCAAAUCUGUCCAUUGUCUACUCUAUCCUGACACUAUUUGGUGCCCUGCUAAGAAGAUGUCAUAAUUCUUGUCCAGUCAUUGACACCUGUAUCUUACAUAGUUUGCAUAAGACGGGAGUUGUGGUGGACUUUCUGUGGUGGUUUUUCUUCUUCUGGAAGACAACCGGGGGUAUCUACAAUGGAGGUAGACAGACUUUAUUUCCAAAAGCAAGGUGUUCAGCUGCAGCCUGGGACAUUCCAAGAAGAAUCCUUGUUCUUUUGUCUAGCGGCUCUUUGCAUAAUGACUACAGUCAUAAGUGUUUGAGGCACUUCACACUUCCGUCUGAUGUCAUGUGAAUCUGUGCUUGGACACACGCUAGGCAAAUGCAGUACUUGCAAUGUUAGCAUUCUUACUGCUGCUAGGGGCUUUUAGAGGCCACUGUCUUGAAGCUGGAGUGCUAUAGCAGACUGUAGUCCCCAUGGUGACAAGAGGGGAAGUUUACACUCAUCUUUCUUGGGAACAGAAUUAUUUAAGAGCUUCUAUGGCCUGACAUAUUAAAACUCCAACUGUGGGCCAGAACAGGGUCUGUAAACACCAGAAAUCCUGGAAUCACUAGGGUAAAAAGGGCUGAAAGCUUUAGUCAUGGGAAAACUUGUGUAAGGGUAAGCUUACUCAGAACUGGGUAAGAGUUGCUUGCAUGCAUGUUUUCCCCUGUAGUCCAUGUGUACCUCCCAUGGAGGUGAUUGUCAGACUCAUCUCUUACCAGCUGAAUUGCAGUGGUUGUUGAUUAUGAUGGUGGUCUGCCAGAUCCAAGCCUAUUCCCUUGAUAUUUGAUCCUGAAGUAUUUGCCAGACUACAUGGUAAUCAUCUCUCCUGUGUUGCCCACAGCCCAUGGUAUGAGCUAGAGCACGCUCACUGGCUGAGGAGACGCCUUGUUUCUGAUGCUGUGUAGUGUCUUCUGCUGUCUGUGAGGGAGGUGGAAUGCUCAAUAGCAAUUAAUGCCCUGAGGAAGUUUUUGAUGGUAUCAUUUGAGGACCUUUAAUUGUAUGACUGUGAUUACUCUAGUUUGUUCAGAUAAUCUGUUGAUUACCCUAAGGUCUAGAUCAGUGUUUAUUCAAUGUUUCAAUAAACAGUUCAUGCCGGCCCUAACAGGAGACUGUACAAGCACAAAGGUGGAAGAUCAGUGCUGCUGCUUUUUAAAUUAAGUAACCUUAGUUUAGAAAGUGGAAGAAAUUGAGCUACAUUUGUUUCCUUUGCUGUUAGCCCAAACUUCAGCCGUGUCAAUCCUACCUGACAUGAAGAACGGUAUAGAAAAUGACUCUGCAAAACCUCUAUUUAUUCGCACAAACUCUUCAGAAAAUACUUGCUAGAUUAGUGCUAGAGUCCUGAGGCUAAGUUAAUGGGUGAAUAAUAGAAUGGCACUGUGCAAACUGGAACUGUGGUCAGGGCUAGAAUGUGGACCUAGCAACAGUUUCAGAUUUCUGAGCAGCUGAGCUGUGGACUUCAGCUCAUUGCUUUAUGUGCUGCCAUCUGAAAAGUGGUGUCAUGUAGGCAGAGGCCUGCAGUGGAUCCAGGUAUGAAACUGAGCAGUGGUGGCAGUGCCCUGCCACACACUGCUCCCCACACUCUGUUUUUAACAGAAACUUGUCAGUGCCUACCUGGGUACAGUGUCCUCUCUGCAUGAUUUUAGUUAAUUCCACUGAGGAGCAAACAAGAUGAUGCUACUUGCUCCAGUCCUGCAGCUUAUGCUUAAAUUUCUCCUUCAUGUCAACUAAGGUGACCAUGAGGUAUUGGAACAAGAAUGCUGCAGGGAAUUGGCUCCAAGUCCAGCUUAGUAUGGUGGCUGUUCCAGAACAGUUACACCUGUAACUCUAACAGCCUGUUCAGAGGAGGACCUGUGGAAGGCAUUCCAGGUUGUGGAAUGUUCUACCUCAUUAUUAUGUCUUCUGCUCACUAGAAUUGAGGUGUCCUGUGGUUUUAAUGAUUUGUUGUUAAUGGCUCUGGAGAUUCCUGGUAUCUGCAGAAACUUUUUCCUUUUCCUAAGCCUUGUCUUCAACAAUGUUUGCAACAAUUCUUGUUUUCAGUCUCCUGUAGCAGAAAGCCAUGAAACUUCGUGAGUUCUUGAUAAGGUUUUGCCUUCAAACACUGAUUCUGCACUCUUCUGUUGGAGCCUUUCUUUCUCUUCCACUGGUAGCAGCUCUUGUAAGGUAUCACAGCCAGCAUGGACUAGGUAGUGACUAUGGCAAACUUGAGUUCAAAAAUGACUCUAUGUGGAUGACAGCAGAACUGAAUAGUACAAGUUGCAAGCUGUAGUCACUGGUCACCCUGAUAUACCUAGUUCAAAGAGCUGCCAUACUCUAAGCUGGUAGGGUGUUUCUUAAACACAGAAAUGACCAUGUUCUCCGGCAUGGCAAUACAGAACUGUUCAAUCUGUCAAACUUCUAAGGUUUCUUGUGUUGACAAUGCCUUAGGCUGUGUGGAUACAUUUGGGUACAGCUUUUUAAUCAAACUACUGUCUCAUACAUAAAGUGAUUCUGCAAAAUAAAUAUUUAAAUAUGUCAAA